AUGCCCCCUCCCUUCAUUAACUCCUCCUCCACCCCCACCGUCACCACCGCCCAGCUCCCUCACCCUGCCUCCACCGGUACCACCACCACUACAACCACAUCCACCUCCGCCACCGGCCAGACCCAUGCCUGUGCCGCCUGCAAGUACCAGCGCCGCAAGUGCACCCCGGACUGCCUCCUUGCCCCUUACUUCCCCCACGACCACACCCGCCAGUUCCAGAACGCCCACAAGCUCUUCGGCGUCAGCAAGAUCACCAAGAUCAUCGAGCACCUCGGACCCCUCGAGAAGGACGAAGCCAUGCGCACCAUCAUCUACCAGUCCGAUGCCCGAGCUCACGACCCUGUCAGCGGCUGCUACGGCAUGGUUCGUGACCUCCAGCGCCAGAUUGAACUCUGCCAGGCCGAGCUCGAGCUCGUCCUCCGCCAGCUCGACUUCUUCCGCCAGCAGGAGGCUGCCGCCGCCCUUGGCUGCGACCUCAUGUCCGGCCCCAAUGCCACUGCCGCCACCUCCACCGACCCCUUUGUCCAGGCCUUUGGCGCGUUGCCCUCCGAUGAGCCUCACCAGGCCAAUAACAAUGGCCUCGUGGACGAGUUUAAUGUCAACCAUAACAACGUUAACAGCGAUGCUGUUGCAUGGGCCAUGCAAGACUGUUCGUCUCCCACUUCCAACGGUAACAAUGGUGUCAAUGUGAUGCCUCAUCAUCACCAGCAGCAUCAACAACUAUUCCAUCAACACGUCGGUGAUGGUAGUGAUGAUCACGAUAAUGAUAAUGGCAAGCAGAUGCAGGGUUUCAAUAUGGUCGAUCAGUGCAACGAUAUGAAGCCGCUGAUUCUCGACUUGCCACCGGAUGAUCAUCGUGAGCAGCAUCACGACCUUGGAUUUUCGUCCGACGUAGCUAUAAACAGGAGUAAUCAACCGAUACUGGAGAUGGAUCAAUGCAGGAUGACCAAGAUAAGAGAAGAUGAUGAAGAAGACCAAAAUAAUCAAAGACAAGGAGUAAUCGAUUUUCAUCAAGAUCACAAUGAUCUAAAGGAUGCAGCCACCUUCUUUACACUCACAAAUUGUUCUUCGUAAGGAGGAAAAGAGAGAUAGAGGAGAUAAUCCUAAACAUUAGAGUCGAAAGCAGGCUACUGUGCUGCCAUUUUCGACAACGAUUUGUACCAUAGUUCGACAUUGAGUUAGAUCAUAAUAAUUUUUCUAAUUUCUUGUGUAGGAUUUAA